CGAGACAUUAGCACGCACUUUCCUCAUUCUUCCCCAUAUACCACUGAGAAUACAACACAUUUAACACCAAAAUAAAUGACGAUUUAUUCGGUCUGAGAAGAAAAUGGCAGGGACUGUGAUUCGCUUUGUGUUACUCGUCUCAUUAUCAGUGGUAGCAGCAAAUUCAACUUAUUCCAGCAGCCAACUACUAGGAAGCACUACGGAAAUUCAGAGUACCACAUCAACUGAAAGUAGCCCACAAUCGACAGCAAGUAAUACGUACCCACCAAUUAAAUACAACAACAGUGUUCACCAAACUACUUAUACCAGCAGCCCAUUAUCUGGAAGCACUACGGAAAUUCAGAGAACCACAUCAACUGAAAGUAGCCCACAAUCGACAGCAAGUAAUACGUACCCACCAAUUAAAUACAACAACAGUGUUCACCAAACUACUUAUACCAGCAGCCCAUUAUCUGGAAGCACUACGGAAAUUCAGAGAACCACAUCAACUGAAAGUAGCCCACAAUCGACAGCAAGUAAUACGUACCCACCAAUUAAAUACAACAACAGUGUUCACCAAACUACUUAUACCAGCAGCCCAUUAUCUGGAAGCACUACGGAAAUUCAGAGAACCACAUCAACUGAAAGUAGCCCACAAUCGACAGCAAGUAAUACGUACCCACCAAUUAAAUACAACAACAGUGUUCACCAAACUACUUAUACCAGCAGCCCAUUAUCUGGAAGCACUACGGAAAUUCAGAGAACCACAUCAACUGAAAGUAGCCCACAAUCGACAGCAAGUAAUACGUACCCACCAAUUAAAUACAACAACAGUGUUCACCAAACUACUUAUACCAGCAGCCCAUUAUCUGGAAGCACUACGGAAAUUCAGAGAACCACAUCAACUGAAAGUAGCCCACAAUCGACAGCAAGUAAUACGUACCCACCAAUUAAAUACAACAACAGUGUUCACCAAACUACUUAUACCAGCAGCCCAUUAUCUGGAAGCACUACGGAAAUUCAGAGAACCACAUCAACUGAAAGUAGCCCACAAUCGACAGCAAGUAAUACGUACCCACCAAUUAAAUACAACAACAGUGUUCACCAAACUACUUAUACCAGCAGCCCAUUAUCUGGAAGCACUACGGAAAUUCAGAGAACCACAUCAACUGAAAGUAGCCCACAAUCGACAGCAAGUAAUACGUACCCACCAAUUAAAUACAACAACAGUGUUCACCAAACUACUUAUACCAGCAGCCCAUUAUCUGGAAGCACUACGGAAAUUCAGAGAACCACAUCAACUGAAAGUAGCCCACAAUCGACAGCAAGUAAUACGUACCCACCAAUUAAAUACAACAACAGUGUUCACCAAACUACUUAUACCAGCAGCCCAUUAUCUGGAAGCACUACGGAAAUUCAGAGAACCACAUCAACUGAAAGUAGCCCACAAUCGACAGCAAGUAAUACGUACCCACCAAUUAAAUACAACAACAGUGUUCACCAAACUACUUAUACCAGCAGCCCAUUAUCUGGAAGCACUACGGAAAUUCAGAGAACCACAUCAACUGAAAGUAGCCCACAAUCGACAGAAACUAAUACGUACACAACAACGAAAUACAACAACAGUGUUCACCAAACUACUUAUACCAGCAGCCCAUUAUCUGGAAGCACUACGGAAAUUCAGAGUACCACAUCAACUGAAAGUAGCCCACAAUCGACAGCAACUAAUACGUACACACCAAUUAAAUACAACAACAGUGUUCACCAAACCACUUAUACUAGCACCCCAUUAUCUGGAAGCACGGGACGUAAUAGCACCAUGACUUCUGCCACUUCAGAGGACAUUACAGACGUUAGAAAUGCCACGACAUAUCGUCCUACUCUUCAGACCGUCACCCGUAAACCUCUUGGUAAUGUCUGUCCCAUAACUGUGGGAUGCAUGUCUCUGGUAAUAUCGGCACAAAUAAUGUGCUUGCUGCCUUAGUUAAAACAUAUUUCAGACAACUGAUUCUUUCAUUGUUUGAUCGAAUAUUUAGUUUCCAGGACUAAGUCUUAAGUGAGACAUUAUAUGUUGCAGUAUAAAACAAAUUAUUACUUGUGAACUUCUUUCUGUCGGUGCUGCGACGUUAAACUGUACGAUUCUUAUGCAUGUUUCAAGGGACUGGUUUAGAAUUUGCAUGGAAGGACAGAGGAACAUGUGAAUAAUAUCGGUCAGGAUAUCAGUUCCAGUGCUGUGAUACGAAGAGAACAUCUGCCGUGCGAUUAAAUCGUCUUCACGAUUAUUUCAUAAUAUGGAAAUGGAGAAUAUUAUGUAGUAAGGAGCUUGGUUUAGUGUAGUUAAGAGCAACCGAAUAAAGGUUUUUGAUGUGGAA